AUGGAAAUGAUAUAUUCUGGAGCAUCAAGUCAUGCAAAGAUUGAUGAAUAUAGUGUAUCAGACAAAAACAAAAGUCCCAAAACAAAGAAACGUAUAAUUGAAAAUGUUCAAGAGACUUCUGCCAAGGCAGUAGUUUUGAACAAUCGUGACGUUAUUAUUAAGCCAGAACAUGUAAAUAUUGUUAGGAAGUACUAUAAUGAAGAAAUAGUAGAAAGUUCGAAUCUUUCUACUAUAAUGAAGAAAUAUUAG